AUGAAAGGAAAAGGUUGGACACCUGAAGAUAAAACAGGCGUUUAUCCCUUUAAUCCUAACAACGAAUUUGUUAUGGAAUGGAUUGCUGAAGCUGACAAUACAAUAAGAAUAAUUGUCGAUGGCAAACUCUAUAAAACAUUUUCACGUGAAGAUUUGAGUGGAGUUGUCCAACUUGACUUUUCUUAUGCUAUCAGAAUUAGCUCUAUUAGAUUGUGCAGAGCUGAUGAAAUCACCACAACAACAGCAAUAACUCCAACUACACCUCCUCCCAAUGUUCCUUGUCCUUAUUUUUCACUUAAAUUGGAUUUGGUAAUACCAAUAGCAAUCAACUUAGAAAACGGAUUUAAACCAGGAAAACAUAUUACAAUUAUUGGAACACCAACUGAUUCUUUUCCCGACUUUGUUGUUGGCCUAGGAGAGCCUGGCAUUAUGAGAGAGACUGCUAAUGUUCUUUUCAGUUUCAGCCCCCAAUUAAAUUCUAAAUCAGUAAAAAAUAGCUUUAUAAUAGAAAAACAAAUAAAAAAUUUUUUAAAGGUUACAGUCAACACUAUGUUAAUAGGGGUUGGAUGGGAAACGGAACUGACUUAUGGACAUUCACCGUUUAAAGUUGGCGAGCCAUUUGUUUUAGAAAUCAAGGCUGGGCUGAACAAUCAAAUUGAAGUUUUUGUGAAUUUCGUGGCAUAUCUCAGAUUUACACGUCAUGAUUUAAGCAAAGUGAGCCAGAUACAGAUUAUUAGAGCAGUCAGAGUGUGCUCUAUUGUUACUUGCAAUUAA